UUUCUUGAAUAUCAGCUGAGCAGUUUAAAUUUAGUAAUGGCUUCAAGGUUCAAAAAGGGAGUAAAUCAAGUCAAACUCUUGAAUAAGAUCACCACAGGAUUCUCCAAGAAUGAAGGUGAUAGUUCAGAGGAAACAGCGGAUAAACAGGAGAAAACCAACAUGACCAGUUCCCUCAAAAGUACUGUUGACAGGGUGAUGCUCCGCCUGAAGGUUACCUCUAUUUUGAAAGAUGUUUCUGGAAAGGACAAGGAAGAAGAGAAAAGUGAGAAAGAAUUCCAUGCAGUUUUCCAUGCAGUACAGAAUGAGAAAGAAGAACUUCUGAUGUCAAAAGAGAAUGAGGAGGAAAACAUGUGGGAUAUUGUGGAUUUGGAUGAUGAGGCAAUUGAGGAAUAUGCUUCUAACGAGCUAUUGGGGCAGUUUUUGUCUAACACAGUGUUCAGAACUGGAAUUCUCUGUGUCAUUUUAUUCAACAGUAUACUGAUUGCUGUUGAGACAGACCAGGAACUUGAGGAGAAGUACAGUCAUUUGUUCUCAGUGUUAGAUCAAUGCCUAAUGACAAUCUUUGUGUGUGAGAUUCUUGUCAAAUGGUAUCAUGGAUUUUUUAUGUUCUGGAAGAGGGGAUGGAAUGUUCUUGAUUUCUUCAUUGUGGUGGCUCUCCUUCUUGGACCUUUGCUUAGCACAGGAUCAGGAAGUAGAGGUGUAUUGAGAAUUCUCCGAGUGUUGAGAGCCUUCCGCAGUCUUAGAAGCAUCACUUCCUUGCCUGGGUUACAGAUUGUUGUACAGACAAUAUUACAGUCAGUUCCCGACAUGGCGAAUAUAGUAUUGUUGCUCGUGAUUAUCAUGCUGGUGUUUUCAGUGAUUGGCGUCACGUUGUUCAGAGACAUUGUUCCCAUGUAUUUUGGAAAUCUCUCGAGCUCAAUGUUUUAUCUCUUUGUUUGUCUGACUCAAGAUGGCUGGAUGGAGAUUUUCAAAGCGUUUCAGGAUGUUGGAGAGACGUACUACAUUGGUGGAGGACUCUUUCUCCUUGUAUUCAUAGCGAUUGGUGCGUUCGUUUUCGCCAACCUUGUUGUGGCUGUCGUGGUAACAAAUCUGGAAUUUGCUAUGGUGGAUGUGAAGACCGAAGGAAAAGAUCGCGGAGAAAAAGAUGACCUCAAAGCCAAACUUGACGGAGAUGACACCACUCUGAAGACUGUGGGAGUUGAAGAAGUUCCAAGUUUUGUGUACUUGAAACAAAUGCCGUUUCAGUUACCGGACUUGACAAAAAUUCCUUCCGAGAAACUAGAAAAUUAUUUCCUCAUUCUGAGCGCGAUUGAAGAAAAUCUGGGAGAAUCGAAAAGAAUCAAGGCAGAGAUCAAUGAGAUAAUUGGUGAAGUGUCGGAGCUACAAGAGAAGGCGAAGAAGGAAGGGAUUUUGAAGAACGACAACGAACCCGAUGAUACGAAAACCAGGAGCGACGAUAAUUUUGAGCCCACACAGAUAACUGGUGGCGAUUUGAUGUCGAACCUGAUGGAGAUGGAGCACGGUAAACUAUUUGACUCGCGCAAGGAGACAUUGGGGUCCAUGCUGCGAGAGGGCGCUAGACUGGUGAGCACAGUCACACAAAAGAAAAAUUCAACUGAUGAACGGAGAAGGCCUUCCAUUCCGGCUACUUUUUUCAAUAAAGGGUGA